GAUAUCAUGCCAAAAUCACCCCCUAGAGUAAAAUUUUGCAGCCCCUUUUAUGUUGCUUCUCCUGUGUCUGCAGUUUAUAAAUCUGACUCUGCAGUGUCUGCCCCAGCUCAAAUUGCUCUCUGCAGGUAGCUUCCUGCUUGCUGCCCUCUGUUGUUCAUUCAUCUUUUUGGAAGCAUGGUGCGCGUCUCCUUAAAACAGUAUAUAAAAGUUCCACAGUUUUUUGUUUGUUCCCAGCAAUUGUACCAUAGUUUUCAUUACUCGUAUAGUUUGGGCUUCAAGGGCAACCCCUUUUGUAAUUGUUGUUGGUUGCUUCCUUCCUCUCUCUUAAGGCCUAUCAUUGCAAACAUUUUGAUAGUAUCUCAAGAGAAGUGAUUGUUGAUCCUGGGUGCUUGUCGCCCUUGCUUGCCUUGCUGUCCUGCUCUCCAGGACGAGUUUAGGUUGUUUCUCAACCUUGCAGGCUGUGUCUUUUCUAUUUGUUCUUUUUGCUUAGCAAAUAUAUAUGUGUGUGUGUGUGUGUCUAUUCACUAUAAAAAAAAAAAUGGCCAUCUUAAAAGUCAUGAAGAUAUAUAAUUAUAGAUAGUCUUGUCGUUCAACCCAAGAGUAUAUGUGUUGCCUUACAGGUUAACUAAACUUUCCCCAGAAGAGUGGCAAUGCAAUUUCUUAACACUACAGCUGAUUCACCUAUGUUACUUGCCGUGUUUCCAAAACCAAUAUAAAUAAUAUUAUACACUUAAGUCAGUUCAUCAUCACUAUUUUUUAUAUAUAUAUAUGUGCCUUCAGCGUUGAGAGUUUGUUUGUCACUUGAGAAAAAAUGAAUAGGUUCUUUUCCUUCUCCCUCUUCUCAGUUAUGCAUCUUCUCACAGUGUUUUCCAUUAAAUAUUUUAAACCAGUGGAUGGGUUUCCUCUCUCCACCAACUCGAGAUGGAUCGUGGACGAUAAAAGCGGUCAACGAGUAAAGUUAGCCUGCGUGAAUUGGGCAUCACAUCUUGAACCAGUUGUUGCAGAGGGGCUUAGCAAGAAGCCCGUGGACGCCAUCUCCAAAGAGAUUCUGGCAAUGGGAUUCAAUUGUGUGAGGUUUACUUGGCCAAUCUAUUUGGCUACCAAUGACUCUUUGGCCUCUCUCACAGUUAGACAGUCUUUUCUAAAAAUUGGUUUGACCGAAACCAUUGCUGGUAUUCAAACCAAUAAUCCCUCAAUCAUUGAUCUUCCUCUCAUCGAAGUCUUCCAAGCAGUGGUAUCCAAUCUUGGGGCCAACAAUGUUAUGGUGAUAUUAGAUAACCACAUAACAAAGCCUGGUUGGUGUUGCAGUAACACUGACGGCAAUGGAUUCUUUGGUGAUCAGUACUUUGAUCCACAACUCUGGAUCAACGGUCUCACCAAAAUGGCUACUUUGUUUAAUGGAGUCACUAAUGUUAUUGGCAUGAGCUUGAGGAAUGAAUUGAGAGGCCCCAAACAGAAUAUAAAUGAUUGGUACAGAUACAUGCAGAGAGGAGCUGAAGCUAUGCACUCAGCAAAUCCAAAUGUUCUUGUCAUUCUCUCGGGCUUAAAUUUUGACAAAGAUUUAUCAUUCAUUGACAAUCAACCAGUGAAUCUCUCAUUUACUGGAAAGACAGUAUUUGAGGCACACUGGUAUAGUUUUACAGAUGGGCAAGCAUGGGUAAAUGGUAAUCCAAAUCAAGUGUGCGGGCGAGUGGUUAAUAAUUGGAAGGGGUCAUCAGGGUUUUUGUUGGAUAAAGGGUGGCCAUUGUUGGUGAGUGAGUGGGGAGUGGAUUUAAGAGGAACCAAUGUGAAUGAUAAUAGGUUUUUGAACUGUAUCUUGGGAGUGCUAACUGAGUUUGACUUGGAUUGGGCCCUUUGGACGCUGGUUGGGAGUUACUAUUUAAGAGAAGGUGUUGUUGGGCAAAAUGAGUAUUAUGGUGUUUUGAAUUGGAACUGGUGUGAGAUCAGAAAUGCAAGCUUUUUACAGAGAAUUUCGUUUCUUCAAUCUCCGAUUCGAGGACCCGGUUUAUCAGAAAGAACUCUGCACAAGGUGAUUUUCCAUCCAUUAACAGGUCUUUGUGUCCUGAGAAAAUCAUUCUUUGACCCACUGAGGUUAGGUCCUUGCACCGAAACAGAACCGUGGAAGUACACACCGCAAAAGAUUUUAUACCUAAAGGGGACAUAUUUCUGCUUACAAUCAAACGGACUGGGGAAGCCAGCUAAACUUGGCUUAAUAUGCAGAGAAUCUAAUACAAGAUGGGAAAUCAUAUCAGAUUCUAAGAUGCACCUGUCAUCUAUGGCAGAAAAUGGUACCACUCUUUGCCUGGAUGUAGACUCAGGCAACACCCUGGUUACAAAUACCUGUAAAUGCUUUGGCACAAAUAAUUCAUGUGAUCCUGCAAGUCAAUGGUUCAAACUUGUCGACAGCACUAGAAGUUCUUCUCCAGCUAAAUCAUUCUUACAAUUCAACCCACCUAAGGAUUUUCCUGGAACUGAUUUCCUAUGGAAAUUAUUUAACUCAUUCUGAUGGCAGCUCAAAAUGCAAAUAAUAGACAACAAAGGCAUGGCAAUUUGUAGUUUGAAUGCAGAAUGCCUCUUAUAGUAGAAAUCAAUUAAAGAAUUAUGGAUCCUGCUCGUUAGUCAGAGUAAAUGGAAAACCAUUGUAAUUAUUUAUGUUUGUCAUUGCACAAGACCGUACUGAAGUAAAUAAAGUAUCAGCGUUGCAGUUA